GUACCUGGAGCGGGCUGUAUUCAAAUUUCUUCUAAAAGUGGCUGAAUUGAGGUUCCAAGGCAAGAACCUGCCCGAAAGUCUAAGGUACAGCAGGGUCCGCCAGGGAUGGUGACCCACAUUAGUACCCGCUGAGCGCAUCGGGAGAGCUCCAAAGAAAGGAGGACCCCGGCCUCGGAUUUCGACGCUCACAUUGUAAAGCUUCAAUCCAAAAACUUCCCGUCGCAUCGUCACCACUGCCGACACCUCAACUACCACCACCACCACAUCCUCCUGCGUCAUUGCUCUCUUAUUCUUCGAUCGGCGCCUCAAAUCAACGAACAACGAUCAAAACAGCCAAAAUGACCACAGUCCCCCACCUCCGCUCCCUCUACCGCUCCCUCCUGCGCGAGCUCCCGCCCCGACCCGUCCUCGCCCGCGAGCGCUCGGCAAUCCACAACCGCCUACGCACCAGCUUCGCCGCUGCUCCCGUCGCUGCAAAGGAAGACUCGUCCCGCGCCGCCGCCGACGCCGCAGAGGCCGAGCAGUUCGCCGCCUACCUCCGCGCCCAGCGCACCUACGUCACGCUCCUCGAGCGCUACAACCCGGGCAUGAACAUGGACGAGGAGGAGCGCGUGCGCUUGACGGCGCGGAGGGUCGGCAUGGACCUGCCCAAGGAGUUCAGAGACCGACUGGAGAACAAAUGAAGCGCUUGUUCCUACUAUCGGCGAUGGGGUGUGGGAUCUUGUCAGAGAGCCUUUUCUGAUAGAGAAGGGAGAGGUCUUCAGGAUCGAGAUGGAUGGUUUGAAGAGAUGACCGCGGUGAACGGGCCAACGGGCCGAUUACGAAGCUCGGCUCUACGAAAAGAUAUUGAAACGGUUGUCGACUGGAAAUGAGGGAGAUGCGAUCGAAUCAGGGAAACCCUUGAUGGGGGAUACAAAAGCACAAGAUCGCGGGACGGCACACCACGCCUCCUACCCUUGAAAGAAUGAAUGCCCAUGUUCCCUGUAUUUGUUUUAGUAAUUCUGCCUUCGUUGAUUGCUUGGGCGGAUUGGUUUCCGGCAAUCAGCGAAGGCAGGAUCAAAAAUCAAAUACGCGGCCCAUGGCCACUAUUCCAAGGGUGGGAGGCGCCGUGUUUGUAAAUGUCAUUAACAGGCGUUGGGGUGGGAAAGUUGUUGUUGUUGUUGUUGUUGUUGUUGU